CACAUGUGUUUUUUUGUGUUUUGCUCACCAUCACUUCCGCCAUGAACGUGCCUGAAACUGAUAACGUCUUGCCACACUCAUCAUCGCCUUUGGAACAAGAUAUUCUGAUAAAGAAUAUCCUUCUUACCCAUGACCCUAAUGGCUGUUUUCUUGAUUCAGAGCUAUUGCUUUGUGCUAUGGAGAAUAUCAUGUGUCAUACUACAUCAGAAAUAAGAGUUCCUGGUCUAUAUUUUGAUGCAAUGGCAAGGAAAAUUGUACGCGACAUUGAAGUAGUUGGAUCACAAGAGCCGCUGGGAUUGAUCAUCCAUAAAAUCUCACGUGAGAUACUCUGCAAAUGCUCUGUGGAAGGGGAUUCACAUACAAGAACAAUGGUCCUGUUCGAUAUGCUGAGGAAUUAUAGAUGGGAUGCAAAAGUGGUUCUAGUACUAGCAGCCUUUGCAACAUGCUAUGGUCAAUUAUGGCUGUUAAUGCAGCCAUGCCCUGUCAAUCCCCUGGCAAUAUCAAUUGCAAUGCUUAAGCAGCUGCCUAGCAACUUCAGUGCAUUGAGGCCGCGAUUCAAGGCCUUGAACUUGCUGGCUAAGGCAAUGGCUGAUGUGGCCAAGUGUAUAAUCAAGUUUGAAAGCCUUCCAAUCAAAGAUGUAAAGCUGGAUAAGGAGACAAUGACUGUUACCAAGUCACAGAUUUAUUUAUCUGCUUACUGGGUCAUUAAAAGCACCUUGACAUGCUCCUCUCAAAUCAGAGACUUGACAGCCAUGAAACUUGAGCAAGUGCAUUCAAGUUCUAUAACCGUUGCAGCAUGGGAGCUCUUAAGCUUGGUGUAUAAGUUGGGCAGAAUAUGCAGUCAGCUCAGAUGGCAGGUGGAUGUGUGUCAUCAACAGAUAGAGACAAAGUUGCAUCAAAAGCUCAUGGAUCUCUCUAAGGAGACCCAGGUCGACAAUCAAGAGGUGCUUCACAUGUUGUUUGCUUUAAGGGAUGACACACCACUGAUAGAUUGCUCCUCUCAGAAGAAGCUUGGGGUCUCUGAACUGAAAAACAAGGUAGUCAUAUGCAUGGUCUCAAAGCCAGAACCCCUCCCUAUUGAGGAAUUACUCUUCCUGGUUCAGCAGACAUAUGAUCAUCCCCACCACAAUAAGUUAGAGAGAAGCUAUGAAAUUGUGUGGGUUCCCAUUCCAUCUUCUGAUACAUGGACUGAGGCAGAAGAGAGAAGCUUUGACUUUUUAUGUUACUCUUUGCCAUGGUACUCAGUUCGGCAACCAUGGCUGCUUUGCUCUGAAGUGGUGACUUUUAUAAAGCAAAAAUGGAACUUCAAAGAUGAGCCCAUAAUGGUAGUUUUCGAUUCACAAGGGAAAGUUACAAACUCAAAUGCAAUGGAUAUGGCACUGAUUUGGGGUGACAGGGCAUAUCCCUUUUCAGCUUCAGUAGAAAAGAAGCUUUGGGAAGAGGAGAAAUGGAACCUGCAAUUUAUGAUUGAUGAAAUCGAUUCCCUACUGACCAAGUUGGUACAUGAAGGGAGAAAUCUAUGCAUUUAUGGAAGCCAAAACCUGGACUGGAUUAGGGAAUUCAACUCUAAGAUGAAAGAGAUAACAAAUGCAGGCUUGCAGCUGGAGAUGGCCUAUGUUGGGAAGAGAAAUCCAAGUGAGCAUGAAAGGAACAUACUAGCCACCAUUGAUUUGGAAAAGCUGAGUGGUUCCCUCUCCUUCACAAAGAUACAUCUCUUCUGGCGUCGGUUGGAGAGUAUGAGAAGAUCAAUACUCCGACUUGGAAAGACGGCAAACACCGAUCAUAUUCUAGGAGAGGUGGCAGCAUUGCUAGACAUGGAUGAUGAGAAUGGCCAGGGUUGGGCAGUGAUGGGGUCAGGGUCUUCAAUGGAGAUUGUAAGGCUUCAAGGGGCAAGGCUCAUGGACUGCUUAAACCUUUUCUCAGUAUGGGGUAAAAAUGUGGGAAAGCUGGGACUAGUAGGUGCAGUCAAGUCUGCCGUUGAGCCUCCUGCUCUUCCAGGGCAUCGCUGUCAGUCCAGAGUCAGGCCAUUUGCUGAAGGCUUAAUAGACGAAACGGAAGUUUGUAAUGAGUGUAAGCGCCCUAUGGAGAAGUUUGUGCUUUACAAAUGCGAUACAAGAGAGUAGAAGAUUCCAACCUCACAUCUAUUGACUUCUUAAAGCACUUGAUGAACUAGUGAUAACAACUUUUGUUUUUUGGUGAGUUCCCUUGUAUCUCAACUUUCCACAUUUUAAGCAUUUGAUGAGCUGAUGAAAAUGGUCGUUCUUCCGGCA